AUGAGGCCGGCACUUAACAUCCUCGCGGGAGCAGCCACGCUCACAGUGGCACAGGCUACUAGCCUCAGGGAUGUGUGCACGAAUAGCCAUGUCAAGUCAGCGCUGCCCUCCACUGAUGUCAUCAACGGUCUCGUGAUCGAUUCAUCAUCUAUUACCACCAAUGCUGUCUAUAAUGCUUCCACCCCCGGUGGUGACUACUUCCCAGCAGCAGCCGCAUAUGAUUUCUGCAAUGUCACUCUCACGUACGCCCACCCUGGACGUAACGACAAGGUUCAUCUUAAGCUAUGGAUGCCAGCUCCGGACCAGUUCCAAAACCGGUGGCUGUCGACUGGUGGAGGUGGUUUUGCGAUCAAUCACAACGAACAGCAGCUCCCGGGCGGUGUCCAAUAUGGCGCCGCAGCUGGCGUCACUGACGGAGGCUUCGGCAGCUUUUCAACCCAGUUUGACCAAGUAUUCCUUCUGGCCAAUGGCACGAUCAACUAUGAAGCACUUUAUAUGUUCGGAUACCAGGCGCACCAUGAGCUGAGCGUCAUCGGAAAGGCCCUGACUAAGAACUUCUACGGCACGGGUGAUGCAAAGCUGUAUGCCUAUUGGCAGGGAUGUUCCGAGGGUGGUCGCGAGGGAUUCAGCCAGGUGCAGCGAUUUCAGGAGUUCGACGGCGCCGUGAUCGGCGCCCCAGCCCUUCGCUAUGGUCAACAACAGACGAACCAUCUCUACGCAAACGUGGUUGAGCAUACUCUCAAGUACUACCCUCCGCCUUGUGAAUUAGAGAAGAUUGUAAAUUUGACCAUUGCGGCAUGCGAUCGACUGGACGGAAAGGCUGACGGCGUGGUGUCGCGGACCGACCUGUGCAAGCUGCACUUUGAUGCCAAUUCAACGAUUGGCGCACCCUACUCCUGCCCAGCCUCAACAACAACAACAACAACUCCUGCGCAGAAUGGAACUGUGUCUGCGCUCGGUGCCGCAGCAGCGAGGAAGAUGUUGGAUGGCCUUCGUACUCUUGACGGCCGUCGGGCCUAUAUCUUCUACCAGCCUUCCUCCACAUUUGACGAUGCGCAAACGAAGUACAACCCCGAAACCAAGAGGUUUGAACUAGACGUCACUGCCUACGGCGCUGAAUGGGUCCCCCGCUUCCUGCAGUUACAGAAUUACACUCUAUCCUCUUUGGAGAAUGUAACAUACGACACGUUAAAAGACUGGAUGGAACUUGGAUGGCAGCGCUACGAAGACGUCCUGCAGACCACAUGGCCUGACCUAACCUCCUUCAAGUCCGCGGGUGGGAAGGUGCUUCACUACCAUGGUGAAUCGGACCCAAGUAUUCCGGCUGGAUCCUCGGUACAUUACCAUGAGUCUGUCCGCAAGACCAUGUACCCCAAUAUGUCUUUCAAUGCAAGUAAUCAGGCGUUGAAUGAAUGGAACCGCUUAUUCCUGGUCCCCGGCGCCGCGCACUGCACCUCCAGUACCUAUCAACCCAAUGGUCCCUUCCCCCAGGCAACUCUCAAGACACUCAUUGCAUGGGUCGAGAACAAUAUUGUUCCUGAAACUUUGAAUGGUACGGUGCAGUCCGGUGACCACAAGGGUGAGCAGCAGCAGAUCUGUGCUUGGCCCUUGCGUCCCUUGUGGAAGGAGAAUGGCACGGUUAUGGACUGUGUAUACGAUCAGGCUUCCCUGGACACUUGGGACUAUGAUUUCGAUGCCUAUCGCAUCCCUCUGUACUAA